GAGAGAGAGAGGAGGAGAAAGAGGGGGUUGGCUUUAGUGUGAUGUGAAUGGAAUAGAAUCAGCACGAGAGAGAGAAAGAGGGAGGAGGACGGCACAAAUCAACCUGCCUCUUGACUUUAACAACAGAAUAGAGUAGCCUGUAGACACAGAGAUCGGGAAGUGUGCGCGUCUUCGGUUGCUUUAUUUUUAUUUUUGGAGAGAGGAAGAGAACGGCAGACAGGAGGAACUGAGGGAGGAGGAGAAAGAGCCUCACCGUGGAGAUAGAUAGCAGAAAAAUGCUGUCAUGGGGAGAGAAGGGGAGGGAGUCGACAGAGAGGAACAGGAUGAAACAAGGCAGGGUCGAGCAGAGCUGAAAUGUGGAGCUCUGCACCACUGCACCUGCUCUUUAGGCUGCAAGCACGAGAGAGGAGAUGUAUGUGAAAAAGACAGACAGGAAGACUGUCUUACUGAGAGUGACAAAAGGUUUCAGCUUUAGUUGAUUGACGUCAGUUUGGUCAAAGACAUCAGCGACGAGCAAUGACAGAAACUGCCUGAUCUCUACCUGAAACAGAAUCCACAUUGUUGGUGGCCAGAGUACCAGACCAAAAGAGACGCAGCAGGCACUAAAGAGUGCAGACGAAUGGAUGCCAUGUUACAAGGGUUGAUAGAGACAGAGCCUCUCUUACACAGAGGACAGAGAGUCGGACUCCAGUGAUGAUCCUUUCAUCCCUACUCCGCAUGAAGGAGCACCCCGCAACUGGAGUACCACAAAACACACAUCUGCACACCCGCACGGACCCCUGCAAUGAGACACAGCUGAAUAUUCUCCUCAAUCUUCCUCAUUUACGCUCUUUAAGAACUCGUUGACUUGAGGUAACAAAGUGUGGCACCUCACAGAGGCAUCAAUGAGAGCUCAAGGGCUGACGAAGUUCAACCAUCUUAAGUGGUGUGAAUGAGGACUAUAUUUGUUGCUUUCACUCAGAGUGGGUUUUCAUCUUCGUGCACAGUGUUCCUGUUUCACACCAGCACCAUAGAGACCAGGACGGAAAUUUAACUGGGAGAGCAGGAAGCUCUGGAUCAGAGUGGAGAAGAGAUUAUUGGACCCGGUUUCUCAGGCACCAUGCAGUCAGAUGACCUCUUCAUCCGCAAGUUUCGCCGUCAGAACAUGCGGCCGCCUAUUGCCACCGUCAACUUUGACCCAAAACGGGAAGCAGGUGUAGUGGAGUGGCCGCCCAGGAGGGAGGGGGAUGGAGCUGCUGAUGGAGACAGCCUCACUCCGAGCCGUGUGGGGCUGAACCUGAGGUCGGUGGGCCGGGGUCACAUCAUGCAGAGAAGUAACAGCGAUGUAACCUUAGGUGACUUGGACUCAUCUGCGAAGGCAGUGGGCAAAGCAGCUCGAGUGGUUGGUGAGAAGGUGGGUGCAGGGGCUCAGGGCGACUCAGGUGUGCUGCUACACAGGGAAUAUGGCAGCUUAUCUUCACUGGAGAGACAGAGUCAAGCCCAGGAGUUGAGCACUGAUGACCAGGGGCCCCUGAGUCCAAACGCCCUCCGCUUCAAAGACCCUUUCCUGCUUUUAGGACUGCAGGGCAAUCCUCCAGAGCCUGAUGGAUUUUUUCGGGGGCUGUCUGUUUCCACAGGAGACUCCCCAAAACCUGCCAAGCCACCGAAGCCUGAAGGUCUAAGUAAGAAGACCAAACCUGUGCCCCCUCAGAUCCCUCAACCAGGUCCGUAUGACAACAUUGGUGGUGGAGCCUGGGUGAGGAACUUUGCCCACUAUGAUGUUCAGAGCAUCCUGUUUGACCUCACCGAGGCAGCCACAAACAGAGACAGCAUUGGACGGAAAAAGAAUAUCACCUCAGGGGCUUCAGCCGCCUCCCAGCUGCGCCCCCUGUCUCAAGCCUCCCCGUCCUCACCUGCACAGGGCGGGGGAGGCAACGGGGGGAAUGCAGAUGACCCCGAGCAGUCGCUGCUGCUGGACGAAGGCGAUGGCAAUGACAAUGAGCUCCUACUCAGCUGCCCCCACUUCCGCAAUGAGACGGGGGGAGAAGAGCAGGUGGGUCUGGGCAGAUCCCAGGAGAGGCGGGGACUCUGGUCGAGCCUGCGAACCCCAAACGAUGCAGUGUCGGUCCUGGAGGAGCCCAGAGAGAGUCAUGUCCAACAGCAGGGCAAGAGCAACUACUUUAUAGAGCAUGCAGAUCUGGGAGCCCAUUACUAUCGCAAAUAUUUCUACAUGAAAGAACACCAGAAUUUCUUCGGCAUGGACGAUCGCCUCGGUCCAGUGGCCAUCAGCUUCCGUCGAGAGGAGAAAGAAGGAUCCAGCGGAGCUCAGUACAAUUACAGAAUCAUCUUUCGCACCACAGAGAUGAAGACACUGCGAGGUUCCAUCUUUGAGGAGUCAGUGCCUUCUGCCGCCCGUCACACGACCCCUAGAGGCUUGUCUCCCAAGAGGCUGCUGGAGUUCAUCAUGCCCGAGCUGAACCUGCACUGCCUUCGCUUGGCCUCAAACUCCCCCAAGGUCCGGGACACCCUGCUGAAGCUGGAUGAACAGGGG